CCUGGCAGCUUUUGUCACCCAGCUCACCGUCAGUAUGGCACCCUCUCGCGGGCCCGCGCCCACCCCUCGAGCUUUGCAUAAAACACUUUCCAACCAUAAGGGGCCUGUACACGUCGCGCGGUACGCCAAGGGCACUGCGAAGUACGUCCUUUCAGGCGGACAGGACCGCACCAUUCGACUGUGGAACCCAGACCUAGGCAAUGAGAUCAAAUCCUACGCUGCGCAUGGCUACGAAGUGCUCUCCAUCUCAGUGGCACACGACAACAGCCGGUUCGCAUCGUCGGGAGGGGACCGGCAGGUGUUCUUGUGGGAUGUAAUGACGGGACAGACGAUACGGAGGAUUUCGGGGCAUAUGAGCAAGAUCUUUGCGGUGGAGUUCAACGAGGACGCGACGGUGCUUGCUAGUGGGUCGUACGACUCCACCGUUAGGCUGUGGGACCUAAGGUCGCAGAACCGGCAACCUAUCCAAACGCUCGAAGAGGCACGCGACGCUGUCCAAGCUCUUCACGUCGGCAGAUCGUACAUCUGCACUGGAUCUGUGGACGGCUAUGUACGAACAUACGACCUUCGAAUGAGUGAGCUGCGUAGUGACUUCAUUGGUAACCCUGUGACAGCUGUUGUGCCUUCACAAGACAACCAGACAUACCUCGCGACGGCACUUGACGCGCACGUUCGCCUCAUGGACAUGUCCACAGGAAAGAUGCUGAACGACUUCAAGGGCCACGCGAGUGCGUCGUACCGCAUUCGCGCCUGUUUCGGGCAUGGGGAGGCCAGCGUUGUAUGUGGGGACGAGGACGGGAAGGUCUGGGCAUGGGACCUCGUGGAUGCGGCAUCGCUGCAGCCCAGCCCCCCGCCCAAGGUGCAUGACAGGGUCAUCACUUGGAUUGAGCACCACCCAAUCGAAGUUGGAGAGCUUAUCACUGCGAGCGCGGACGGAACUGUGAAGGUGUGGCGAAUUCAAUCAUCAUCAGAUGCUUGA